GCGAAUUGUGCGAUUGCGCCGCCGGCUGAACACGCUCUCCGACCUCCAACUUUCGGUUGGCGAUCAGUUUUCCAGUCAAAAAGAGAAAGAAGAAAAUGCAAGCUAUCAGACGACGAGUUUUCAAGUCACUCUUCGCCGCGUCUUCUUCUUGCUCCAGUUAUUCUCUUGGUGCCUUCAGAACUCUUCACAUAGCGUCACAACACUCUGCGGGCACGCCGGAUAGACUCUUUCCACUCAGGUUCCUCAUCACUCCUUGGUCGGCCGUUCAGAACCGAGGUGCCAAAGUUCUCGGUACUGAUGUCAGACCCGGGAAUGUCGUACAAAGAAAAGACCGUAUUUACCAGGUGCUGAAAGCACAACACACACAGCAUGGAAGAGGAGGAGCGACAAUACAGGUGGAGCUCCGUGAUGUUGAUAGUGGAAACAAAAUAACUGAAAGAUUUCGGACAGAUGAGGCUAUUGAAAGAGUUUUUGUUGAGGAGAAAUCUUUCACAUUUUUGUAUACUGAAGGUCACUCAGUUAUGUUAAUGGAGCCUAAAACAUUUGAGCAAAUUGAAGUAGACAAGGACUUGUUUGGAAAGGCUGCUGCAUAUCUUACAGAUGAUAUGAAAGUUUCCUUGCAAUUUUAUGAUGGAAAGCCGAUGUCUGCAUCAGUUCCAAGUCGCGUAACAUGUACUGUUGCUGAAGCACAAGAUCCUAUGAAAGGGAUAACAGCCACGCCUCAGUACAAAAAGGUUUUGCUGGACAAUGGGCUUACUGUACUGGUACCUGCUUUCAUUAGGUCUGGUGAUCAGAUAGUAAUCAACACUAUUGAAGACACAUAUAUAACCAGGGCUAAGGAGUAGUGACGUGAUGGAUAUGAUUGGGGACAAUUAAGAGUAUGACAAUAUUUGAUUCUCUUUUAGAUGAAGAAAGGGCUAAAACAGCCAUUUGCUCAGAGUACAUGUCCUUGUCUGGUGUCUGUUAGUGGUCCAUUUCCAACAUCCCAUGCAGAUAUAUUUCUUAUGGUAUGUGAGAGCCUCAUUUGUUUUGUAGUGAAGAGGUGGAAAAGACUUGCGGCAUAGUAUAAGGUGCAUGGUUAUCCAUAUUUCAUAAUUUUUCUGGUUGGGUAUCUUUACUUGUAACUUUUGAUAUGAAGCAGAAAGUUAAAUAAAACUGGCAUAUAAUUUUCCUUC